AUGGAGUUGUGUGGUGAGGAAGAAGGAGCAAUGAAGAAAAUCACCUCUAGAAUAGGUGAUGGACAUUCCAUUCUGUUUUGGAAAAGUAAAUGGAUUGGGGCAGAUGCUUUGUAUCUUCAGUUCCCUGCGUUAUUCAAUGAAAUUAAUUUCAAAAAUAUCUCUGUUUUCAAUGUUGGUUUUUGGAAUGGUGAUAUAUGGGAAUGGAAGCUUAUUCAUGGUGAAGAGGUGCUGGGGAGAGAUACUUCGAGGGAGUACAUGAAAUUGAAACUAUGCAUGGUCGGGAUUGGCCCUACUGCCAGUGCCAAGGACCGUCUCAUCUGGCCGUAUGAGAGCUCGAAUUGUUUCAGCGUAAAGUCAUGUUACAUGAUACUCAUCCAAAAUUCUGUUAUGUUACCUAUGAUUGGUCUAAUGGAGAGUCUCAGUCUCAAUUGGGGAGCAGCCUUGCCUUCAAAGAUUGAAGACACUGUGCAUAUAUUUUUGCAGUGUACUAUGCUAGUGUCAUUGAAGAGGAGAGUAUUUUCGUGGAUAGAAAUUCAAAUGCCUGCUAUAGAAGAUUGCGGCGAAUUUUUGUUGUAUUGGACUGAGAAAUUACAGGGUACCAUGAAGAACAAUAUAGCUGCAGCCAUAUGGUUAACAUUUUGUUGGUGCAUUUGA